AUGUGCACAACAUGGUGUCUCCUCCGCAUCUUCUUCAUCUUCGCCCUACUCUCGAGACUUCCCGCAGCAUAUGCAGGCGGCGUGCAGAAAGUCGACACAGUCUGUACUGUCUCUCCGUCGACUGACGGAAGCGACGAUGCCCCUGCCAUUCUCUCCGCAUUCGAGCAAUGUGGCCAGGAUGGGUCUAUCGUUUUCACGAACGACACGUUUCAUAUCGAGUCUGUGAUGAAUACGACCGGGCUGAAUAAUGUGACGGUUGACUUGCAGGGCACAUUGCUCUGGGGCACGAAUAUUACGUAUUGGAGAAACAACAGUCUUCCAUUGGGAUAUUUGAACAUGAGUCUCGCUUGGGCGUUCGGCGGGUCGAACGUCCAUUUCACGGGAAAUGAGAUCGGGACGUUCGAUGGGAAUGGACAAAUCUGGUACGAUUUCACGAAGGGCGUAUCGAACCUCCCCGGCCGACCUAUCAACUUCGUCGUCUUCAACACUACAAACUCCGUCUUCGAAGGCCUCAACUUCAGACAGAGUCAGUUCUGGACGAUGGCUAUAUUCGGGUCGAAGGACCUCUUGUUUGAGGAUAUUUCGAUCAAUAGUACCACGAACAGCAGCGAACCGGCACGUAACACGGACGGCGUCGAUACGUUCUUCUCGGACAAUAUCACUUUUCGGCGGUGGGACGUGACUGGUGGCGAUGAUGCGAUCUCCCCGAAAGCGAACUCGUCAAAUAUAUUGAUACAGGACGCGACUUUCCACGGCACACUUGUAGGUGUGGCCAUUGGGUCGAUCGGCCAGAUGGACGGCCAGUUCGAGUUUAUUGAGAAUGUCACGGCGGAGAGGGUCACUUGUAUUGGGUCGCAGAAUGCGGCGUAUAUCAAGACUUGGACGGGUAUACAGCAAGGUUUCCCGCCUAACGGUGGUGGAGGAGGCUUGGGAUUCGCCCGUAAUCUGACCUUCCGCGACUUCACCGUCACAAACCUCACAACCUCUCUCGCCUCCAUAACUCAAUGCACAUCCUUCGAGGGAGCAACGUCAGGCUGCGACACCUCACUCUUCCAGCUCUCCAACAUCACAUGGACGAACAUGACCGGCACACUCGCCACAGACAACAUGGCCGUCCUACAGUGCAGCGGAGAUGCACCAUGUCCUGGAAUCGAGAUCAGUGACAUUGGAGUGGAAGUUCCGGGCGGUAGGGGUGAGGAGGUAGUCAGUUGCAGUAAUGUCGUGGGGUUGAUUGGGGUUGAAUGUACGGAGGGAGAUUGA